GCCCAAAGUCCUGCUUUGGCCUUGGGUUCCGCCGGGGGGGGGCAUGUCCCGUGAAAGUGAGUGAGGAAAUCCUGGGCCCCUGUCUACCAACCGAGUGGGGCGAAGAGACGCUUGGGAGCGCAGGAGGGACGAAGCUCGAUCCCCAAAGGAAAGAACGAACCGGCAGAACCGGAGUGUGCAGGGGCCCUAGAGAGCAGUCCUGGUCGGCGCCGCUCUGCUCCAGGCCAUGGUGCAGGCGGAGCUCUGGGCGAUCCCCAGGUGAGGGCAGCGGCUCCGCCCGGGGUUUCCACCGCGGCAGAACCGGGUAGAUGAGGGGUGGGGAAGAAAGGAUGCUGCCCGCACUGCUCCGUGGUAGCACCCUCAGCGGCCGCAAUUGCAUCGGGAGCAGCAGAAAGCACAACGCCGGCCGAGGAGGCGGCUCGAGCUGUUGGUAAAGUCGCCUAAGCAGCUCGUUUUCCGUAGUAUGCGAGUUGACAAAACAACCACAGAACAGGGCUCGGUAUUACAAUCUCCUUUGAGCUUUUUUUCCUCGCUGCGCGGAUCUGAUUUAUGCGAAAACAUGCCUUGCACGUGUACCUGGAGGAACUGGAGACAGUGGAUUCGACCUUUAGCUGUGGUCAUCUAUCUGGUGUCCAUAGUCGUUGCGGUUCCCCUAUGCGUGUGGGAAUUACAGAAACUGGAGGUUGGAAUACACACCAAGGCUUGGUUUAUUGCCGGAAUCUUUUUGCUGUUGACUAUACCUAUAUCGCUGUGGGUGAUACUGCAACACCUAGUGCAUUAUACACAACCUGAACUACAAAAACCAAUAAUAAGGAUUCUUUGGAUGGUACCCAUAUACAGUUUAGAUAGUUGGAUAGCUUUAAAAUAUCCCAGCAUUGCAAUAUAUGUGGAUACCUGCAGAGAAUGCUAUGAAGCUUAUGUCAUUUACAACUUUAUGGGAUUCCUUACUAAUUAUCUAACUAACCGAUAUCCAAAUCUGGUAUUAAUCCUUGAAGCCAAAGAUCAGCAGAAACAUUUUCCACCUUUAUGUUGCUGUCCACCAUGGCCUAUGGGAGAAGUAUUGCUAUUUAGGUGCAAACUGGGUGUACUGCAGUACACAGUCGUCAGGCCCUUCACCACCAUCGUUGCUUUGAUCUGUGAGCUGCUUGGUAUAUAUGAUGAAGGAAACUUCAGCUUCUCAAAUGCUUGGACUUAUUUGGUUAUAAUAAAUAAUAUGUCACAAUUGUUUGCCAUGUAUUGUCUCCUGCUGUUCUAUAAAGUACUAAAGGAAGAACUGAGUCCAAUCCAACCUGUUGGCAAAUUUCUUUGUGUAAAGCUGGUGGUUUUUGUUUCUUUUUGGCAAGCAGUAGUUAUUGCUUUGUUGGUAAAAGUUGGCGUUAUUUCUGAAAAGCAUACGUGGGAAUGGCAAACAGUAGAAGCCGUGGCCACAGGACUCCAGGACUUUAUUAUCUGUAUUGAGAUGUUCCUUGCUGCUAUUGCUCAUCACUACACAUUCUCCUAUAAACCAUAUGUCCAAGAAGCAGAAGAGGGCUCAUGCUUUGAUUCCUUCCUUGCCAUGUGGGAUGUUUCAGAUAUCAGAGAUGAUAUUUCUGAACAAGUGAGGCAUGUUGGACGGACAGUCAGGGGACAUCCUAGGAAAAAAUUUUUUCCUGAGGAUCAAGAUCAAAAUGAACACACAAGCUUGUUAUCUUCAUCAUCACAAGAUGCAAUUUCUGUUGCCUCUUCUAUGCCACCUUCACCCAUGGGUCACUACCAAGGUUUUGGACACACUGUGACUCCACAGACUACACCUACUACAGCUAAGAUAUGUGAGGAAAUACUUAAUGAUGCUACAGAAGAGAAAAAAAAAGAGCCUUUAGGUAAAUCUGUGGACUCCUGAACAGUGUGCAGAAGCAAACUGCUACAACCAUGUUAUUCUAAGCCUGAGCCUGGUGUCCCUUGGCUCAGGAUUUUGUGCUUGGGACAAGCCAUGAAUGAUGGAAAAUUUCAACAUAAACACAGGUGAAAACCAAGUACAACUACAGGAUUUAUACACGUGAGUUUUGUAUAUCACAAAUAAUCAGUCUAAAUUUCCUAGACUUAGACUUGAUUUCUCAACACUAGAACAUCAAUACUCAAAUGGUAGAAAAUGACUACAGCUAAAAUGCUCCUGAUGUUACACUGCAUUAUCAAGAGGAUGGACCUAAAUGAGGAAAAUUUAAAAAUCAGUGCUUCCUACUACUGCUGCAUGAAUACAAUGCUCUGGACAGAAAGCAUAAAUUCAGAAAUUAGUGGAACUUAAUCAUAAUCAUGUGCCAUAUAAGCUUACCUAACAAUUAUUUCUCUACUUCCCAACUGAAUGUCUUUCAAUAAAGAAGAGUUUAUCAUUUA